UCUCACGAUCACUACCCAUACGAGACAACGGCUCAUGAAAUACAGGAACAGGUGUCAAGCAAACAAGCGUCACGCCCGACACUCUAUGCCAUCCACGUCCUCGGACUCAAAAUGAGCCAACCCAACAAUGGGCUCCUCACGCCCUCGAGUGGCCAGGAGCCAUCCCAAGCUCCCAGGGGCGAGCUCGAGCUGCCGCGGGAGUACGGCCAGCCUGGAAUGAUCAGCUCCCAAGCUACGCGAGACACAUUGCAGCGAGCGUUUCCUCCUGGCGCCGUUAUGCCAAGCCAGAACACAAAUCGUCUUGCUCGCAUAUGGAGAUCUUAUGAUGACAUGGAUCCCGAUGCCCGAAGGCUUGUGGAUGACUUGUUAGGAACACUCGCCUCUUUCAACAACCAGGAACUUUUUUGCAACGACACUGUACGCAAGAACUUCUGGGAUCGCUGGGUGUAUGCAUCUGGCUGGGAUACCAAUUCCACAGUCGACCACCCAGGCAAGAUACGAGAGAGAUCGGCAGCUGAGAGCUCGGUGCGUGUGGGAACCAUCAAGCCCGGAAUGCCUCGAUCGCAAGCACGCGUGAAGAAGAAUCAAGGAACACCCGCCCACCGAGCCGCGGGACAACCUGUGUUCCUUAAACCACAUCUCAACUGGGAUGACUAUACCCUCGCGUUUAUCUACUGUGACAUCCGAGGCAGUACGAUCCAUUCCCACUGGGUGGAUCUCACCCCAGGAUACAGCUCAGUUCAGGCCCGAGCUGACGCCACCUUGCGCUGGGAUGUGGCGGAGUGCAAGCGUGUGACAACACACAAUACGAUGGUGGUUGCGUACUGGGCCCGUUGCCGACUGGUCCAUUGGCUCAAGGAUCGUCAGCCAAGGGCUCAGCAGCUCAGUUGUGAAGGACGACCAAGCGUGGAGGUCCCUCGAACGGAGGACCAUUCCUUGCUGGAGAGACUUAGGACAUGUUGCAUGGCCGUUGAGGACCUUACGGCGUUCGUGGUAGAGUUCCGAAGUGUACACGCUAAGCGUAGUGAUAAGACCUAUGGAAAGGCUAGACUGGAUGUCUAAGGGAACCUGAGGAGGCUGGAUUAAGGACUAGGACUUAGUUUUUUAAUAGGCAAUUUAGCUUAUGACCUUAGUGGCUAAGAUAAAUAACUAAGCUAAAAUAAAGGAAUGGAA